GCGCCGCAGUGCAUGCUGGGCGCUGGGCGGUCAUCUAGGUGUCAGAUGAGCUAUGGCUGCGGUCGUGUUAUCCUUGAGACACAGCGGGCCGGUGCUGAGAGCGGCGGGAGCCCUGCAGAUCUCCCGCUCGGCCCAGACCGCUGUAGCAGCUGCUCCUGCUUCUCAAGCCGAGGCACGCAUUAAGAAAUUUGCCAUCUACAGAUGGGAUCCAGACAAGCCUGGCGAUAAGCCACGCAUGCAGACUUAUGAAAUCGAUUUAAAUAAGUGUGGUGCCAUGGUGCUGGAUGCUUUAAUUAAGAUUAAGAAUGAGAUGGAUCCAACGCUGACGUUCCGCAGAUCGUGUAGAGAAGGUAUCUGUGGUUCCUGUGCGAUGAAUAUUAAUGGUGGAAACACCUUGGCAUGCACCUUAAAAAUAGAUGUCAAUCUCAAUAAAGUCUCCAAAAUCUACCCCCUGCCCCACAUGUAUGUCGUGAAGGAUCUAGUUCCGGAUUUGAGUAACUUCUAUGCUCAGUACAAAUCCAUUGAGCCCUAUCUGAAGAAAAAAGACGAGUCGAUGCAGGGCAAGGAGCAAUAUCUGCAAUCUAUAGAGGACAGAGACAAGCUGGAUGGGCUAUAUGAAUGCAUAUUGUGUGCCUGCUGCAGUACCAGCUGUCCCAGCUAUUGGUGGAAUGGAGACAAAUACCUUGGGCCUGCUGUUCUCAUGCAGGCCUACCGCUGGAUGAUUGACACAAGGGACGACUUCACAGAGGAACGGUUAGCCCAGCUCCAGGAUCCUUUCUCUCUAUAUCGUUGCCACACCAUCAUGAACUGCACACGAACAUGUCCCAAGGGUUUGAAUCCUGGCAAAGCCAUUGCCGAAAUUAAGAAGAUGAUGGCAACAUACAAAGAGAAAGUGGCCACUGCAUAGUGCUGUGGAAUUUUCUGGGAAAUGUGGCUUCUUCAAGCUACGGUCCUGGUAUCACAGCAACACUUACCUGCACCUUCUACUUACUCUACAUGCUCCUGUAGAAAUUGGCAUCACGUUGGUGUUGCGGCUAUGGAUUGUGUGUGUGUUUUAAGAAUUAAAUAAGUAACACUUC